ACUGGAGGUUAGUCCUGGGAAUAUGGGUCAACAUUACGUUAGCGCCUCACAACUCAACAACUAUAAUUUAUGCCGUCGUUAAUAUCAAAUGUCUAUUUACAUGGAUGCAUUUAUACUUGUAAUUCCGGUUGUAUAUGUGAGUUUAUAUUGAGUAGAAGAAAAGCUCCCUUGGCUUUUUUUCUCCAGUGAUACAGUCGCUAGCAUAUAUAGGAACGUUCCUAGGAUAACUUAUUGUCAGUUUGAGGUUGACAAGAGGUGAGAUUUGGAGAGGGAGGUGCAUUCAGCAGAAGUUGUUCGCAGCUCUUUUCUGAACCACGUGGCGUUAGUGUUGUGUAUCGAGUCACCUGUAUGAUCUGUACCUGUGUGUGAAUUGUCAGCGGACGAACUAGUCCCGACUAGCGCGACCUGCACUUCCUACUACACAUCCCAGUCCCCUGACACACGAUACAGCUGAGGACUAUAUUUAUAAUGUGAUAUGCAGCGCACGGGUCCCAGACGUGGCAGGAAUUGAAAGUAUUGCCGGGGCCAGGUUUAGUCCAGACACCCGGGGGGAGCGGCGGUGGACUCCGAUGAUCAUCUAUAAACUCGUCUGAGGUUUGGUGUAGAACACUGAGAGCCACCUAGCGGAACAAUGAAUAAGUUGUUGUGGAAGUGCCUGGCGUUACUGGCGCUGUUAGCAGUAGGAUCUGCUGAUCACCACCAGGGAGAAGAAGAUGACGGUUACGAAGAAGAGGGAGAUCAGGAGACGCCCGACGAUGAUGACGAGGGAGAAGAUGAGGAAGAUGGGGAGGAUGGUGACGAAGAGGAUGAUGGGGACGACGAUGGGGGCGCAGGGAAUGGGGUAGAGGAGGAUGAUGGGGAUGAAGAAGAUGAUGGGGAUGAGGAUGAAACAGAUGAGGGGGAUGAAGAAGAAGAAGAUGAUGAAGUAGAGGAGGAUGAAAUGCCCACCGGUAUCCCGAACCUUGAGGCGGAAGACGAUGUCGGCGUCACGCAGGAGACGGGAACAGCCGGGCCCGACACUACGGAUGACGACGGCGCCGUAACGAAAGCAGGGAAGCGUUCCCACGCUGCCAAGGGUGCCACAAGCAGCCUCAUCCUGCACCUAUCGCCUUUGCUGCUGCUCCUGCUUUCCCAAUAGAUAACUCAGCUGCGCCUCCUACUGGUAUUAGGACAAAGUGCAGCCGGAGACUGUGUGCCUUACAUGCUGCAAGCAAACAGUUUGAAACCUGAUAUACUGCAGAUAUUCUUGUGGUGAUGACGGCUGAGGGAUCAUGACUCUGGCUGUGGAGUAUGACAUGGUGCUAUCGUUCAGUUGCGCCACCUGGUGGAAACAUUGAGCAUUGCAUCACGGAUACAUUGAAACAGCCUGACGAAAAUCAAAAGCACAGUACAUGUCAUUAGCACCUUAAAUGUUUUCCAGAAGCACGUGUUUCAACUUCUUAGGAAGCAUCAGAUUAUACAGAAAGAUGUACGUACUCAUUUGUAAAGAAAGUAGCAAAACAACAAAACUUUCUCGACUUUUGUAAAGUAAUAUGUGUUGGAUCUCUCUGGCGUUCACAAAUGUGACAAAAGUGGUUAUUAUUAUUAGGGCUGUUACGAGAAUUGUGCAAUAUAAAUGUAAAUGAUAUGCAUGAGAAUACUAACAGUAUAUGGUGUUUCCUCAGUAUAUGGCGGGGAAUAGACCGAAGAUGUCAUUCUGAACACAACAAUGCUAGGAAAGGAAACUGUCCAUUGUUUGUUGCUCUCCCUGUAUAUGUAGAAGCAAAUUUCUUGCAUUGUACCCUGAAUCACCAACAUGGCAAGCGCCCAUUGGUCAGACCCUGGCUAGAAGGCCCAAUCAGCCUGACACUAAGAGAUUGUGUAACACAGGCUAGACUGACAUGUGUCGUAUGAUGGCAAACAACCUUUAGGACUAGUCUACGCGCUUCUGGGUGUAUAAAAACAGAAUAGACGGAUUCCCAGCCUGUGAAUAGAAGUCCCGCAGCCUGACGCCAAUUGUACAGAAUGUACUCUAGUAGAUGUUUCCUAAAUGUCAAUUAAAAGGGAACACGUUUCUCUCUA